GGAAACUACUUGACCUAGGAUCGAAGUUGUUUGCGAAAGUUUGGGUGGUUGAUGGGAGAAUUCGAUGCCACUAUUGGUUCACUGUGAAGAUAAAGAUGGUAUUCCUUGUAUGGAUUGUUCGAAGAUUUCCUUGUUAGUCAUGAGUAUUGAGUAACCACGCACUUCGAACAGGUGGAAACUGGAUCAACACCUCUUAAAGUGGGCCAGCCAGGACCUCCCUGGCACGGCCCACAGUCAGGCUCGCUGUUUGGAUGGGCCGAGCCAGCCAGUAUGUUCAAUUUCAUGGGAUGGCCCGCUAAGUUAUAAACAUGAGGCCCGGUCCGCGACGUCAUUCUGAACUUUUGAACAGGUAUAAUACGACGCCGUUGCUCCUCACUGGUUGCGAACGUCCCAACCCACAAUCCCCAACCGCAACGAGGAACCAACCUUUUAUUCGCGGAGUAGAUGACUUGAUUCCCAGGGUCUCUUCAAGCAUGGCACGAAUUCUCAAGGAGAAACCGGGUUCAAACCUCAUAGCUCGGUUCAUCUACACACGCAGACGCAGUCAAUUUUGCCCUGUCAAGCGAUCCAUACAGACCUUGGCAUUCGAAGAAAUUCGUUCGUCCACAGAGAAGCCAUACACUUCCACAGCUUUCGUUCUCCAUGGCCUCUUGGGCUCCGGCCGCAACUGGCGAUCCUUCGCCCGCAACCUCACAUCUAAUCUCCCCGGUUCUUCCGCAGCUGAGUGGCGGAUGGUGUUAGUGGAUUUGAGGAACCACGGGAGAUCGGCGGAAACAGAGGGUCUGGAUCCUCCUCAUGAUAUGGUCAGCGCUGCCAAGGAUUUGGCCAAUCUGGUCAAGUGUCGUGGUUGGGCUUGGCCCGAUGUCGUCGUUGGCCACUCCUUGGGCGGCAAGGUUGCUUUGCAAUUCGCGGAGAGUUGUGCACUCGGCGACUAUGGUCCAUCUACCCCAUUGCCGAAGCAGCUGUGGGUAUUGGAUUCUGUCCCUGGAGAAGUGAACCCUGAAAACAGUGACGGGGAAGUAGAGAAAGUUUUGCAAACCUUGCAGGGUUUACCUUCAUCUGUCCCUUCACGAAAAUGGCUGGUAGAUCACGUGAUCAAACUUGGGUUCACAAAGUCAUUGUCGGAGUGGAUAGGUAGCAACCUCAAGAAAUCAGGAGAUCAGGAAACAUGGGCGUUUAAUCUUGAAGGUGCUGUCCAGAUGUUCAAUUCUUACAGGGAGAUGUCCUAUUGGUCUCUUUUGGAGCAACCACCAAAAGGUAUGGAGAUAGCAAUGGUGCGUGCAGAGAACAGUGAUCGGUGGGAUACAGAAGUAAUUCAGCGGCUUGAAGGCAUUGCCAACAGGGAUGAUGGAUCAAAGGGGAAGGUUUCAUUUCAUGUUCUUCCCAAUUCAGGUCACUGGGUUCAUGUGGACAAUCCAAAGGGACUUCUUGAGAUAAUGGCUCCCAGGAUUGCCUCCCUUUACUAAGAUUGGCCUUGAAUUUGAGGCAUCUUCCAAUUGCAAAUAAAAACCCACAUGCAAAUCAAGGGUUGUUUUUGUUCAAUUUCUAUUUUAGUAAUGAUCUAUGCAUGGUUUGUCAGGUUAAUAGAACAUUUGGUUGAAGCUCUCAUAAGAAGUUCAAAGUCACGUUCUUCAGGACUAUAAUACAACAAUGCGCGUGUCUGCAACAGUGCAACCUUU